CGGAGGCCCCUAUUCCCCGCAGACAACUACCAUUUCCAGAGUUCCCUGUGAAGAGGAAUUGACUGUUAAACCACUCUGAGAAUUAUACCCCUGUCUUUAGAGCAACUGAAAACAUCAAACAAGAAGCCAUUUAUUGCUGCCUUUGUCAGAAAGGGAACUGUCCUUUUCCUUUUCUCUCUCUCUCUCUCUCUCUCUACCCCAACCCAACAUUAUGACUGAUGAUGGAUCAUCAUUUCCUGGGCAUCAUAUUUAUAUACUGGGAUGUCCAGACACUCGGAUUCUUAUUUGAAGACUCUGCGUGUUUUAAGGAUGCCUGUUACUCUCCCCUUCUUACUGCUUACGAUCUCCCUGCCGAAGCCCUCCAUCUUCUGGCUCCAGGCUCCGGAUGCAGAUGAGAAGCACCACCUCCGAUGUACGGCUCAAGGGGCAUAUUUCGGCAGCUGGUUCUACCUGUACCAGGGAGGGAGCCCGGAGGCCGUGGCUGAAAAGAAAGCCUUGCCCACCCAAUCUGAAGUGACCUUUGAGGUGCACAACUUUGGGCCCAGGGACCAAUUCCGCUGCAGCUAUGAGAUCUGGGAGGCAGGGAAGCCCAUUCGCUCCCCGCUCAGCAGCCCUGCAAACAUCACAGAGGACCAUUACCCCAAGCCAUCCAUCUCUGCGAGUCCCAGUACUGAGGUCCUUGCAGGGCAGGACUGGACUGUCUGUUGUCAGGCUCCAUUGCUAGGGGUCAACUUUGUCCUCUACCAGGCCAGGGACUUUCGGAUAGAGGUCACUCCUCGAGGGGACUCUGACACUGCUGAAUUCUCCUUGAAGAAUGUCACCAUGGCCGAUGCAGGCCGAUACACCUGUUAUUACCACAGCACCAUAGAGCCCAUCAUCUGGUCAAACGCCAGCGACCCAGUGCAGCUGAAAGUUAUCGAUGCAACUGUGGUCCCCAAUUACCUGGAGGUGUUGGUGGACUCUGCGGGAAGAUAUCGAGUGAAUUGCUCAGUCCCUUCUGCUGCUGAGGGCUGGUUUUAUCUUUACCAAGGUGGGCAGCUCUUUGCUGAAACCAGAGCUUGGCAAGAUGGGGCGAUUGCAAGCUUCAACCUCACAGAAGAGGCCAUUAACAUCACCAUAGGAGAGCUGAGCUGCCAAUAUAAGGAAUAUCAGCUCAAUGACACUGAAGCGUGGACAGAAGACUCACAUUCCCAGGCCAUGGAUUUCACCGCAGCCAACUCACUGCGACUUGGGAUUGGGGCCUGCGUCCUCUUAUUAGCCCUGUUCUUCAUAGCAGAAGCAUGGUGGAGCGAGAAGCACCAGGAGAGCUGGGCCAAAUGAAGGGAUCCUGGAUCAGCAGGAUCCCGUUAAGCUGACCGAGUCUGGUUUGAAACCGCAGGUUCCAGUGGCUGCUUUGGAUGGGAAGGAACAUAAUGAUGGAUUGGGAACCACACACAGAGAUUGUCAGACUGCAGUCCUCAACCAAUUUACCUCACAGUCACCACAUCAUGGCUCCUCUGAAACAGGAGCUUUGGCCUACAGGAAUAAGGAACAUGCAGGCCACCAGAUGUUGUUGGACUCCAUCUCCCAUUGGCCCCAACCAGUAUGGCCAUUGGUCAGGGAUGAUGGGAGCCGUAGCCUGGCAACAUCUGGAAGGCCACAAGUCCCCUACCCCUUGCUGAACCUGAGGCCGAACUCGGAACCAGUUUUGACCAGCAUAAUUCAGUCCUAGAUCAUGUCCAGUAAUUAUCAAGAAGAAUUUGCUCGUGGGCAUGCACAGAAUGCCUUUGCCUCACCAGUGAGUAACCACAAUCUCGGCCUUCACACAACUGAUUUCCAGAGUGACAUAGACACUAGCACCUCAGGCCAGUGAGAGGAGCGGAAAUUCUUAUUUGUUUAAGUGUUUUCAUCAUGAAGUGUAUUGCUUUCAUGCAUGAUCCUGUAGCUUCUGUUCUUUUGCAUUUUUUUGCUGUAACUCUAGAUGCUUUAUUCAUUUUCAAUGUUGUUCAACUCCUGUUUUAUAAUGUUAUGCCAUCCAGUGCUCCAGAAUAGACAAAGGGCAGGAUAUAACAAUAAAUGAUUGAAUGAAUAUUAACUGAUGGGAGGGACAGAAUGAAAUGUGUGUUCUUUGUUGUUCAGAACUGGUCCUUUGUCUCCUUUUGGAAUGCUAGAUAAACCACAUACCACUAUGUUGGCACAA